CAUGUUCGGCCUCCAUCCAUCCUUCAUCUCACUCUCACCUGACUAGCCGUUUCUUGCGGUAUCCUUGUGUUCGCCGCGGCCGAUCAGCGAGGGCUCUGCUCUUCGGUAACGGAGGCCGGAACACGGAACGGCUCGCCAGCCUUCCUCACCGCCGAAUAAAUCCAUUUCCGUUGACCCCUCACCUUAUCUUCUCCGUAACGAAUCUUGACUUCUUCUGAGGCCCAAUCGAUGAUUUUUAUUCUUUUCUUUUCCUGUAUUUUUGUUUUUAUGAGAUUUGGAGCAGCUUAUUAAGCUCGGUAAGGCUCAGUGAAUUAAUAAAUGGGCCGUAUGAUAAGCCACUCAAGGCCCACACUUGGUCCAGUUUAACUGCCGUAGCCUUGUCGGCCCAAAUAAGACUGGCUUCUCGGUAGUGGACCGGGCACCCAUCCCUAUAUGGCCGUCGUGAUUUCGUUACAGGUGUAGCCGGUGCAGGCUGCAUGGUCGUCUCUGCGGCGACAGGUGUCACCGGCCGGCCAUCACGGCCACCGCCUUCUCUGAACAGAACACCUCCCGCUCGUUCUCACGACAAAUUCGUUUCAGGCGAGUAAUCCAAGCAGAGUCCUGUUAUUUAUCGAGGUGUUUGUAUACUCCGACUUCUGUAGCAUGCAUCCGCUUGAUCACGAUCACAAGCAGCAUCAGGAGACGAGUACAUGCCCAGUUUCAACGUCUCAUCAAAAUCUACAAACGUAGUACUAUAGAUUAGAUACAUACGACUGACUCAAAUAGCUGCUUGUUCUGUUGAAACUCGCCGCCGAGAACACCGCACCGGCAGCCGGUACCGCUGCAAUGGGCGAAUGCAGCACGGAGUACAGGGGCCUCCCCGACGCCAAUGGCGAGGACGCGGGGUCGGUGCCGGUGCCGGCGGCGCUCCGCAAGGUCUCCAUCGUCCCGCUCGUUUUCCUCAUCUUCUACGAGGUCUCCGGCGGACCGUUCGGCAUCGAGGACAGCGUGGGCGCGGCGGGGCCGCUCCUCGCCAUCGUCGGCUUCCUUGCCCUCCCCGUCAUCUGGAGCAUCCCGGAGGCGCUGAUCACGGCGGAGCUGGGCACCAUGUUCCCGGAGAACGGCGGCUACGUCGUGUGGGUCGCCUCGGCGCUUGGCCCCUACUGGGGAUUCCAGCAGGGGUGGGUGAAGUGGCUGAGCGGCGUCAUCGACAAUGCCCUGUACCCCGUCCUGUUCCUGGACUACCUCAAGUCUGCCGUGCCGGCGCUGGGCGGCGGCCCGCCGAGGACGUUCGCGGUGCUUGGGCUCACGGCGGUGCUGACGAUGCUCAACUACAGGGGGCUCACCGUCGUCGGCUGGGUCGCCAUAUGCCUCGGGGUGUUCUCCAUCCUGCCUUUCUUCGUCAUGGGGCUCAUCUCGCUGCCAAGGCUCCGGCCGGCCAGGUGGCUGGUGGUCGACCUCCACAACGUCGACUGGAACCUGUACCUCAACACGCUGUUCUGGAACCUCAACUACUGGGACUCCAUCAGCACGCUGUCCGGCGAGGUGGAAAACCCCGGCAAGACGCUGCCCAAGGCGCUCUUGUACGCGGUCAUCUUCGUGGUGGUGGGUUACCUGUACCCUCUCCUCGCCGGGACCGGCGCGGUGCCGCUGGACAGGGGCCAGUGGAGCGACGGCUACUUCUCGGACCUCGCCAAGCUCCUCGGCGGCGCGUGGCUCAUGUGGUGGGUGCAGGCGGCGGCGGCGCUGUCGAACAUGGGCAUGUUCGUGGCGGAGAUGAGCAGCGACUCGUACCAGCUGCUGGGCAUGGCGGAGCGGGGCAUGCUGCCGGCCUUCUUCGCGCGGCGGUCGCGGCACGGGACGCCGCUGGUGGGCAUCCUCUUCUCGGCGUCGGGCGUCCUGCUGCUCUCCUCCCUGAGCUUCCAGGAGAUCGUGGCCGCCGAGAACUUCCUCUACUGCUUCGGCAUGCUGCUCGAGUUCAUCGCCUUCGUGCUCCUGCGCGUGCGCCGGCCCGACGCGCCGCGGCCGUACCGCGUCCCGCUGGGGACCGCCGGGUGCGUCGCGAUGCUAGUGCCGCCCACGGCGCUGAUCGUGGUGGUGCUGGCGCUGUCGACGCUCAAGGUGGCGCUGGUCAGCCUCGGCGCCGUGGCCGUCGGGCUCGUGCUGCAGCCGGCGCUGCGGUUCGUUGAGAAGAAAGGGUUGCUCCGGUUCGCCGUCAAUUCGGACCUGCCGGACAUCGGCGUGGGACGUUCACCCGCCUCGGCGGAGGAGCCGCUGGCGCCGUAGCGAAACCGAGAUAGAUUUGGCAAUCGCGACGCAAACUGAAAAAAAAAAAGGGGGUCUAGAAUGGUGUUCAGGGGAUUGUCUCCGCAAUCCGGAUGACUGCGAGCUUGAGUUGCUCUGCAACGAGGCAGGACGGUGUGUUCAGCUUGAGGCCUUGUUCACGCCUUGUGUCCUGCAGCAUUCACCAUGACCCCCGGUUGUAGGUUGUACUUCACGCUGUACUGCUGGAGGCCUUGUCCGAUCCGAUCUCCUAGUCCUGGAAGAGGCUACCGUUCCAGUAGUCCAGGUCGAGGAAACCCUUCCGUUCCGUGGCAGUUCGGCAUAACAACGCUCUGUUGCAAAUGCCUAUUUUUUUGCGACCAAAGAAAAAUUAUAUUAUAUGAUAGCUGCGCAUAUCGAAAACAUUACAGAUGCUUUGGAUUACAAUAUAGUACCUAUGCUGUGAAAA